GGGCGACCGCGAGCACCGAGCGCGAUGGGGGCGGACCGACGCUGGGGUGAGUGCUGCUGGAGGGCGACCCGGGCUUCGGGGGGGGGGCGUGUGGGGCUGUGGGGUCACCGUCCUCGUCCGUCCCUCCCUCCCUCCUGCGCGGGGCUGCGCGCUCUGCUCCCCUCGUGUGCCGUGAGGGCGGAGGAGCUGCGCUUGGUGCCUGCGGAAGGCUUCGGGCUGCCGUGGUCAGGGGCUGACGGUGGGCAUCGCGUCCCCUCACAGCGUAUGGGUCCUCCGGAGUGGGGCUGUGCGUUGGGGUGUGUAUCCCCCUGUGACUUGCAUCCCCUCAUCUCACUGCGGUGCUGUGUGUGGCCGGGGAGCUGUGGGGCAGGUGGCCGUGGGUGCCCAGCGCGGCCCUAUGGUGGUCUGGUGACCAAGGUGCUGCCCUGCCCGUCGCUUCCUCCUGUCCCAAAUGGAGCUUUGAGGUGCUGCUGGGCACAGCUUUGCUCUCGAGUGUUCGCGGCCCCGUUGUGCUGAUCUUCCUUCCCCGAGAGGGAAGCCGCAUCGAGGUGGCUCAUUCUGAAAGUCCCCACGUCGGUUGCUUCAGCAUGAAGGGACGAAACAAACAGCAGGCGCCACGGCUCUGCGUGGCCAGGCAAGGUGUGAGGCGGGGGGCUCCUGGGCACCGCUUUGCCCACUGCGUUUGGUUCCUUUGACCCACCAGGCCCCACCGACAGCACGUUGUGUGGGCGUGCAGAACAGCCCCUGGGGGUCAGCGCUGCCCAUCGGCCUCCCCAGCCCCCCACCUGCACGCCGAACCCCCAUCCACCCUCUGUGGGUGUGGUUGGCCUUGGGUUUUGGUUCUGCCUUUCCCUUUUCCAAUGCGUGGACUUUGAAACAGCCUGGCGUGCUGCCUUGCUGGAUCCUCUCUGCACACACACACACUGAAACGCGCAAGCUUUCCUCAGCCCCUCCAUUCCUCUUCUGCUCUCACUUAAAUCCGGUUCCUGCUCCAAAGGAAAUAAAGGUCACUUUUUUUUCUCAUAGAUGCAACAGAAAUAGUGAAUCAGUAUUUCAUAAUCAGGCUUUUUGUGUCUAAAUAACAAUAUUUCCAUUGCGAGAGCCUGAACCAAACCGAGGGAAGAGGUUAUUCUGGUCAAAGUUUGCCCUUGGAACCGUAGAAUUAUUAGCGUUGAAAACGACCCCUGUGAUCAUCUAGUCCAACCGUCCAACUACCGCCCCAUUACCCACAAACCCCUUCCUUUGGAGCAGGCCCUGAGCGCUUUUCCUCCAUCACCAUCUGGCUGUGGAUUCCGGGAAAGGUCCCAGAGGGCACCACGAGGAGAGCAGUAAGUUGUGAAUUCAUGAGAGAGGACGUUGUCUCCCUGCUCCCUUGUGCUGUAGCUUUUUCUGUGGCUUCUGCUGCUGCUUUGCUUCUGGGAGAGUUGCACACGCUCUACACAAGAAGGGAUCCACACAGAGUGAGGAUGCUGCAUAUAGGCACGCACCUUGUAUUGGGGUGUUGCUGUGUGCUGAAACUCUGCCACUGGUAGACCACUUCUUUGGCAGGAUAUGGAGGAGGAAGCACCUUUGUAUUUGCAUAUGCUGCUGGAUUGCACUUAGGACGACUGAAGGGAGGCUGACCACACAGCAAUGCAGCCCACACUCCAGAACGAUGACUUCAACCUGGAAGGAGCUGUAGCAAGCAUCCGCCCCCAGCUAGUGGAGUUCCUCAGCCAUCGUCUCGACUGGCUGCUCUCUGCUUCCCAGCACUUCCUCCCUACGGCUGUCCUCAGCGGCUUGGCAGGCGUCACUGACCACAGAGAGAAAGUCUCUGUGCUCCUCGACCUGCUGGAGAAGGCUGGCCAUGCCACCUGGAAACAGUUUGCACAGUGCCUCUGCAUGGAGUGUGACCUGCCCCUGGAAAUGGAGAUACUGCUCAUGAGUUCUGCAGGAGAAGGUAACUUGACUCAGAAGCAAGAAGCUCAGACAGACGCAAGUGACCAGUCCUCUGUGCCAAGAGGGUUGACGCGCCGCCGCCGUAGCAGCAGCCCCAUCAGUGAUAAGGGUGCUAAACAGAAACGCCUGGACUCAGCUGAAAAGUAUCAACGUCUUCUCGUUGACUCCAUCUGCAAGAGAUAUGGAAGCAGGAGAGCAGCAGGAGCAGCGGCACAAGAGCCAACGCAGCCUCUGGCUUUCAGCCAAGCCUUUGUCAACCUCGUUCUUCGGCAGAGCAAGGCCUCCCGACUGAAAGAGAGAACAGACAAACCCCGGGAGGACGUGCCCAGUGCCCCCGAGCCAGAAGAAUGUGUGGAUACAGCCGUGAGAGUGUCAGAUCUCUUUGGCAGCGUGGUCCGAUCGGGUACAACGAAGGUGAUCUUUUUGUUUGGUAAACCAGGUACAGGCAAGACCAUGCUGAUGCACAGGAUUUGUCAGAAGUGGGCGGAAGGUGUCUUACAUCAGUUUCUCUUCACUUUCCUGUUUGAGUUCCGGCAGUUGAAUUUACUAAAAAGAAAACUGACUCUGAAGGAGCUUUUGUUUGACCUGUUUCUUCAGCCAGAAGACAGCCCCGAUGCAGUGUUCCAGCACCUCCUGGAAAACGCCCAACGUACACUGAUCAUCUUUGAUGGGCUGGAUGAGUUUGUGGGUAACAUGGACGUGUCAUCAGCUUCUAAAGGAAGCCUGAACCGUAGCUCCAGUAUGUCCAUAUCUGAACUCUUUGCAGAGCUUUGUCAUGGGAACCUCCUACCUGGCUGCACGGUGUUGGUCACCAGCCGCCCUAAGAGAGUCCCUGACUUCUUGAUAAACACAGUAGAUUUGCUGGCAGAAGUUUGGGGGUUUGAUCACGAGAAGGUUGAGGAGUAUGUCAGCCACUAUUUUCGUCAUCAUUCAUUCAAAGAACAAGCCAUCGCUCACCUGAAGAACAACACCAAGCUCCUCAGCAUGUGCCAGAUCCCUGCCCUGUGUUACGUUGUCUGCAUCUGUUUGGAGUAUUUGCUCCUUAAGCAUCAGACGAGCGUGGAGCUUCCCCAGACCAUGACACAGUUUUAUAUCAAAAUGCUUCUCAUCUUCAUAAACAAACAGCAGGGGGAGCAUGCAGGUGAUGAGGAGGCUCAGCUGAACAGUAACAAGAAGGCCAUUUUGGGUCUGUGUGAUCUUGCACUGAAAGGCCUGGAAGCUAAGAAGCUCGUGUUUUACGUUGGAGAUAUUCCAGAGCACGUGAAAGAGUUUGCUUCCUUGCACGGUCUGCUGACUGUCUUUGAGGUGAAGACAAACAGCGCUCACCCCGAGACUGGCUAUGCCUUUGUGCACUUGAGCCUGCAGGAGUUUUUUGCAGCCCUGUGUCUCAUGAUAAGCAAGAGUGUGGACAAGAGCCACCUGAAGAGGAAGUUAUCUCUGAAGUCAAAGUGGACGUUAAGGAAUGAAGCAAAGACUGGGUUCAUGGAGAGCUUUCACAUCUUCCUCUCAGGCUUGUCAUCCAAGGAGUGUAGGACGUUUAUCAUGUUGCUAGCUGAACAAAGUGAAGCUUGGGUGCAGGAUAAGCAAGAUGCAAUCCUUCAGUCCCUCAAGAAACUGGCAGCCACUCAGCUGACCGGGCCCAAAGUCAUUGAGCUCUGCCAUUGCACGUUUGAAACGCAAGGCCUCGAAGUAGCCCAGCACAUUGGGAGCCUGCUGAAUUUCAAGUACGAGUUUAAAAACUUCAGACUGACACCUCUGGACAUGUCGGCUUUGGUUUUUGUCAUCAACUCGGGCCAGGAUGUGACUCACUUGGAUUUUGCAGGGUGUCCCUUAGACACGGACUGUUUGGAGAUGCUGGCCAGCUGUAGGAAUGUGGAGCAUCUGAGCUUUCGGAGUAGGAGAUUUGGUGAUGACUUUGCUGCUGCGCUUUCAAAGGGCUUAGGAGAAAUGGGGAGCCUGAAGAAACUAGAGGUGACAGGUGGAAGCAUCACAGCUGCGGGGCUGACUGACAUGGUCCAAGCUUUGUCACACUGCCUGCAGCUCGAGGAAAUAAACUUGCAGGACAAUCGGAUACAGAAUCCAGACGUAAAGACAGUGAUGGAGCUGUUUUCCAGAAUGGAAAAGCUGAAGAAAAUAGAUCUGAGCAAGAACAGUCUUUCCUUGAAUGCUGUUCUCCUUUUGGCAAAGGAGUUCAUCGCGUGUCAGAAUGCUGCUGAGCUACACGUCAGGAAGGACACUGUGAUAAUAUCUUUCUCGGGCCCAUCUGGGAAAGUUCCAAGGUCUUUGGAUUUGAAGCGGGAACAAAACAAGGAAUGUGUGACUCCAACUAGACAUCUGAGGUUGUGCUUGCAGGCUCGCUGCUUGUCUUCACAACAUGCAAAGGAGAUUGUGUCCAUUCUGCAGAGCUGCCCACACCUCUCUGAAGUAGAUUUAUCAGAUAACAAGCUUGGGGAUGAAGGCUGCAGUUUCCUGCUGGAAAACCUCUCCUGGAUUUCAAUUUCAAAGCAGCUGAAUCUGAGUCACAACCUGCUGUCUGUUACUGGCAUUUACAGUCUGUUGAAGGCAGUGAAUACCUGUCAGAGGGUGGUGGAGGUGGAAGUCAGCCUUUAUCAUAACACUGCAGUCCUGAGGUUUACAGAAGACGGAGAAUUUGCUUCCCCUCCUGCUAGUAGGGAAGAGCCUUUGUACCCUACUGAUGACCAGUGGGAUGGCAAAGAAAACCAGACACCUGUUCCCUCCAAAAAAAUAAGAUUGACAUACUGUCGUUUUCAAGCCAGUGACCUGGAGAAGCUGUGUGCAGUCCUGAAGGAAUGUGGCAGCAUCUCUGAGCUGGACCUCUCAAAUAAUUACCUGGGAGAUGAAGGACUUGCACAGCUGUUGCAGUUCCUCCCGAAUCUGAAAACGUUGAGGUCACUCAAGCUAAAUAACAAUCACCUCUCCCUGAGCUCUGUGUUCUGCUUAGCUCAGUCCUUGUGUACACUGGAACACUUGGAAACAAUGGACCUCAGCUUAGGACGCAUGCAGGUGGUUCAUCUAACCUUUGGGGACAGAAUCAGGCUCAGAAGGACCAGCAGAUGGAGAAGAAGUUUCCUGGUACAUCCGAAGCACGUAACAAAUGGACAGUGCUUUCGUCUCAGGAACUGCACGGUGGGUCCUGAGGACGUGACCAGGCUCUGCCAGAUGCUGACGCAGUGUACCCAGCUGACGGAAAUCGAUCUGUGUGGAAAUGCACUGAAUGACCAAAGCAUUGAGAGAUUACUGAGCUUCCUGCCACACUUCUGCCAGCUGACACUACUGAGUAUUAGGAACAACACCUUUUCCCCAUGUUGUGCUGUAUUAUUUGCCAACUCGAUCAAUCUCUGUGAGCGCAUCAGAAGGGUGGAAGUCCGGUCAAGUCAGAAUGCUUUUUUACACUUAAGAACAAGCACGCAGAGCCAGAAGACAUCCUGCAGGCUGACUGACUGUGCCAUCGGCCAAAGGCAGAUAGAGAAGCUCUGCAGAGUCCUGGAGCAGCAUGGGUGUCUGGCAGAACUAGAUCUCUCCAGGAAUCAGCUGGGAGAUGAAGUCUUGAGGUUCCUCUUGGACCACUUGCAUCGAGUGCCUGUUACCUGUUCUCUCAAUCUCAGCCAUAAUAGGAUUUCUCAGCGUGGAGUUCUGCAUCUCAUAAAUACUUUUACCACUUCUGGAAAUACCACCGAAGUUCAGGUCAGUCUGUGCUCCAAGGCAACUUUAAUCAUCAAGAUGACAAGCAGAGAUGACCCAAGAAAGAUUUUGAGGCUCACAGAGUGCAGCUUUCAGCCAGAACACUUGGAAAAGCUGUGUUUGGUUCUGGAGAACUGCACCAAUCUGACAGAGUGCAUAUCCUCCAACAACAACGUGACAGUCGAUGCUGCAGGGGGGCUUUUACGUUCACUGAGUAAAACUCCAGGUCCUCUAAAAAUCAGCAUAGAAGAGCCCUGGGUAUGUAAGUUGAGUGUCACGAGCCUUCUUGAGCUGGCUGUCCAGGCCCAUGGAAACAUCACUGCGAUCAUGAUAUGCAAAGAGAAGAACCUCUUCCAACUAGGUGUAAGGCUUCCACACUGCCUGGAGAAGGUGGGAUCAGUCGUUAGCAGAUUGAAUUUGAACGAGCCAGAAAUCAAACAGGCUUGCUUCUACCAAAGGGUUCAUGACAAAUGCACCCAGCUUCAGGAACUGAGAUGGUCUCACGUUGAACUCCACGAUGACACAGAAAUGCUCGUCAGUAUUUUGCUACCUCUUCCAGAUCUGAAGAAGUUUGAGCUGACCUCUUGCAGCUUUACACCAACUGGAAUUGAUUGCUUGAUCACAGGCUUGCAGAGGUGCCAGGCCAUUGAAGAGCUCAACCUGGGCCACAUGAAGCUCGGCGAUGCUGCCAUUCCUAAGCUAGUGUUUGGACUCUGUGAAAUGCCGUCUCUGAAAAGGCUGAUCUUGAACCAUAACAGUAUUGGUGACGAUGGCUGCUCCAGACUCGCAGAAGCCCUGAGCAGCAUGCACUGCAUGGAAGAAAUCAAUUUAGGCCACAACAAGAUUGGAGAUCUAGGCCUGAUAAAUAUAGCUGCUGUCCUGCUGGAAAUGCAAAACUUGAAGAGAAUCGACCUCUCAGGGAACUGUCCCAGUCCUGCUGGAGGAGAAAAGCUGAUGGAAGCUCUUGCCAAUUGCAAGCACCUCGAGGAGCUAAUACUGUCAAGGAAUGAUUUUGGAGAUGGGACAGCAGUGAAACUUGCCCUCUGUCUGCCUCACAUGAACAGGCUGAAGAUCCUGCACUUGCAGCACAAUAACAUCGGGCCAGCAGGAGGAACGGAGCUGGCCAGAGCCCUGAUGGCAUGUGAACUGUUAGAAGAGAUAAGUUUAUCUGAAAACAACCUUGGGGAAGGAGGUAUCCGUGCCCUGUCCGAGGGGCUGCCGCGUUUUGAGCACCUCCGGAAGAUUGAGUUGAGACUCUGUGGAAUCACUGAUGAUGCUUCAAAAUUACUCUCUCGUGGCUUCCAGCAAUGCCCUGCCGUGGAGGAGAUCAUAUUGUCUUGGAACGCCCUUGGUGAUGGAGGAGCCCAAGUGUUGGCCAGCAUCCUCCCAGGGAUGGAAACGCUGAAGAUGUUAGACCUGGAGAAAAAUCUCAUUGGUGCGUGUGGUGCUACCAGGUUGGCAGAGGAACUUGUCAGGUGCCCAGAAAUUCAGUUCAUAAGGCUGUGGGACAAUCCGGUGCCCAAAGGCCUCGCUGAAAGUUUGACAAGCCAAGACCCAAGACUGUGCUUCUCCUUCUGUUAGCGAAGGACAGCCCUCACCUGAUAGAAAUUGCUCUCCGUUUCCCAUUGGCCUCAAGAAUUGCACUAAAAGGGAUCCUGAAGAACCCAGGAAACCAAAAUUCCUCCAGUUAAAACCUGUAAUUAUGUCUUCCUUCAUUGCACUGGAUGAAAUGUGAGCACUUACGUGUGUUUUGUUUAUGGUGAGCUUUUAUUUUGAACCAAAAGACUGAAGAACUGCUGCUGAGCAGGCAGCAUUCUCGGUGUACCAACUCUUCAGCUAGCUUUGGGAUGAUGAGAUGCAUCUGAUCACACUUUCAGAAAACCAUCAGAAUACUUCAUUAUCUUUAAUCAAGAUUGCAACACCUACAGGAUGUUCCAAUCAAAGGAUGAACAUCCUCCAGGAGAGGAUGUAAUUUAUUUUUUUUUUUACAGAACUGUAAACUGUUGACACAGUUACAAAUGCACUGGAACAAGCUGUUUGAAAAUUGUAUAUAGCUCUUUGUGAGAUACCUCUAAAGACUGUACCGUAGGUUGUUGUUUGCUUCCUAGCAGGCUCUUCCUCCUGCAGAAUUGCUUCUGUUUCCUGGUAAAGCCUUCAUGUUAUUGCAGUACCAGUGAUAGAUCAGUGGUUGUCCAGCAAUGACUGUCGGACAGUGAUCUGUAUUUGCAUGGUGAUAACAUGGAAAGGCUGAUACUGCCAUGUAUUUCUGUGAGAAAACUGAAAGUUCUGAGGCUGAAAACCAAUUUGUAAGAGAACUGUGACUGUUCUGUGGGAGAGCAUAUGCAUGCUUUCCUGUGCAGCUUUCCAGAAUUUUGGUGGGGUUUUGGAUGACCCGAUUGCACUGUGUCUUUGAGGUGAAGCGAGGGAUGAGUUAGCUUGAUGUGCUGCAGUGUGGACUGCAGAAAGGAUCCUUCAGGCCUCUACUACUGAAUCCCAAAGCCUGGCCGUGCUGCUGCUGGACCCGUGGAGAUCGAAGGGAGAAGAUCAUCCCAAGCACUGAGUUUGAUGUACUGUCGAUGAGACCAACCACGGCUGCCCCUUGUCUGCAUGGAAUGACAGCUUGCGUUGCAGCUAUGUCAUUCUCAUUAUUUAUUAACUUAUGUUAUAAUGUUUUCCUUAUGUGUUUGUGCUGUAAAUAUUUAAUCCUUGUGGUGAGCUCAUGGAAUUUUGUUUACAGCAGCAUUUGCCUGGAAAGAGCGAACUGCUGUGAUUUGGGCAGGGCAGGAGUGGGAGCGAGGGUGAAACUCUGGGCCCUGAGUGGGGGACCAGCUGGUGUCUGUUCCUCCCAGAGGAGCUGCCAGCAUUGUUUUAGGGUCAGCAUCAGGUCUGUGGGACACUGUUCUACUGCCUGGAAGUGGGGCCCGUUUGGCAGAAGCUGUACUCUAACAAAGCCACAACAAAGAAAAAUGAUAGUGAAAUUUCUUAGUAGACCAUAACUCGUUAAAGUAAUCAAGUCUCUGAGAUGUAAACACUGGAUUUUAAGGAUAAGCUUCACCAAAUAUGGCAUUUCUCUUCAUUUUGGGUUUUCAGGUGUAGGUUGCUGAUGCAAAUCUUUAUAGUGCCUGCUGGAGGAGCAGCGUGGACCACGAAUGCUUCCCUACAGCUUCCCAGCAAGCAGGUUUGCUAAGUGGGCUCCUCCUCCCCCUGAGCUCCCAGAACUUGGGGAAACACAGAGGAUGGGCAGAGUGCUCAGUAAGAGCUCAUUCCAGUCAAGACUGUGAGCUGAAAAGCCGUAUUUCCUGUAUUUUCAGCAUCGUUUUAGUGCUGUGUCUCGUAAAUAAUGACGUUUGCUGGGUGUGAGGAAGGGAAGCAGCGUGCUGGCGCUCCUCAGCACAGCCCAGCAUGGCCGUUUUGCAGCAGCCACCACAAGAGCUGUGCUCUUCUGGGCUACCUCCCUGAAGCACUCCAAGAUUUCACUUUGUUCAGGUGUUGUGAUGAUUUAUUUCCCUCACUUACUGGCGUAUACUGUUUUUCCUCCUUAUUUCAGUGGCAAAAAGGUGUACAGUAAUUGGAAAUGCCACGUGGAUGAGUGCUUUACUUUUCAAGCCGGUGUUGUUCUUUGGCUCUGGGGGGAGGGGAAGGAGGGGGUGAGGGAGGGAUGCCUUUGCCCUGAGAUCUCAGUGGUGGAUGUGUUUUAAAGGAAAAUGUGAGAAAAUAAACGAAGGCUGUGAUCUGCAGCCCCCUGA